AUAAACACACUAGGAAGAUGACGAGGAGGCCAUGUUAGGUAUAGAAUGUGGAGAAAGGAAAUGGAAAUUGAGGUUCCUCUCAUGAUCAAGUAGACGGAGAUGGACGACUGUGUAUAUACUAUUUCCGUUUCUAUGGUUUACGUAUUGUCUUUCCGUAUAUCUCUGUAACAUCAGUUAUCAAACUGAGUUUCUCUUGGGCGUAUAAUUUCUCACUGGUGAUUUUGCAAUCUAUCUGGUUUUGGGGAUUUACAUAGCUAUAAUCCAAUCUUUACGCAACACCUUUACCGUCUUUUACUGUUUUGAGAAAGAAAGAGAAGGGAGCAUCCAUGGAUUCCCAGGUGAUGGUGGCGCUUGCUCUCUCCCUUGUGGGUGGAUUGAGUACCUCUCUCGGUGCACUUUUUGUAGUUUUCAAUAAGGCUCCCAAUCUGAAGAUGCUUGGACUUUUACAGGGGUUUUGCUGCAGUUUGAUGCUGAGCAUAUCAUUCCUAGAUUUAGCUCAUAAAGCCAUCAACUCGAUUGGGUUCUUAAGGAAUCUUUGGUGCUGCAUACUUGGUGGCAUAGAGAUUGGUUGUGGAUGCAUAAGCUUACACAAUUUUCCAGAGGGGAUGGCAGUGUUCUUAGGAUCAAUUAAGGGAGUUCGGGUUGGUCUUAAUUUGGCCUUGGCCAUUGCUUUACACAACAUUCCAGAGGGUGUUGCUGUUGCACUUCCUGUAUAUUUUGCAACAGAAAGCAAGUGGCAGGCAUUCAAAUUGGCAACACUUUCUGGUUUUGCUGAGCCUCUUGGUGUAAUUAUUGUGGCCUAUCUAUUUCCAAGCAGCUUGAGUCCAGAAAUUCUUGAGGGCUUGCUGGGAUCAGUUGGUGGAGUAAUGGCUUUCCUGACCUUGCAUGAAAUGCUGCCGUUAGCAUUUGAUUAUGCAGGGCAGAAGCAAGCUGUUAAAGCUGUGUUCUUUGGGAUGGCUUUCAUGUCUGCAAGCCUAUAUUUUCUUGAAAUCAGCUUACCUGAAGAUAUGAGCAUGUAGUUGUCACUUGGCCAGUCAAUUACAACAAAUAUUGUAUAUGUCAUUUGUUGGUAAGUGGAAGAUUUAUGUUAAUGAUUAGUUGUUUCAUACUGAUCUUCAGCCAAUACCAUGAGGAGUAGCUGUCUUUGAAGGAUAAUUCUUACCUCUUAUGCUUCUUAACUCAAUCACUUGGAAUUCGAAAACGGGAGGGGUUGCUGGUGGGGCUGGGGAAAGAGAUAACAAAUCUUGUAAUUUUCAGUAAACUACUGGUAACUCAUGGUUACAGACUCUAAUGCUAAGUACAUUCAUAACAAAACAUGAUACUUGUUUUGGAAACAUUGGAUUGAUUAGUAAAGAAAGCAAAAGUUAUCGAUGAAA